CGAGAUGCACGCUGACUUUUACACUCACACACGGAUUAAACACGGAUUAAACACGGGUUAAACACGGAGUAAACACGGGUUAAACUGCAGCCAACAGCCUCGCGAGCGGCUGGACGGAUGGGCCCUGAACCUGAACCACCGGCCGAAGCGUGAAGGACAAACAGACAGACGGACAGACAGACGCGAGACCAUCUCGCCGCCAGAACGCAAGUUUCGGGUUUCCAGGGCGAGGAGAGAAUCCCACGGGACCUGGUGUGUGGCUCUGACUGCCCCGGCGCUGCCAUGAGUUUCGCCGAGAAGUCACGGAAGUCCUGGAUCGAGGAGACCUUCUUCAGGAGAGAGUGUGUGAAGUUCAUGCCUUCAUCUCGGGACCUCCACAGAUGUAUUCCAGUCUGUCAAGUAUGCCAAAACCUCAUCAGAUGUUGCUGUGGACGGCUGAUGGGGGAGCACUCUUGGCAACACUCCCUACCCCCCAUUUCCCUACAUCCUGGUCCCGGAGCGGAGCUGGAUGACGACUGGUCCAUGGAGCGUCACACCAAAGCCAGUCCCACCGACGCCUAUGGGACCGUCGACUUUCAGGACACCGCCACUCGAGUCUGCCGCGCCAAGUAUGUGCGUUUGGCGGUGGACUCGAAGCCCGAGGCGCUGCUGCAGCUGAUGCUGAGGGAGUGGCAGAUGGAGAGGCCCAAGCUGCUGCUGACCGUCCAGGGCGGUGCAGAAAACUUCACCCUGCCGCCGAAAGUCAAGCAGGCCUUCAGCAAAGGGUUGGUCACCGCAGCCCUCAGCACCGGGGCCUGGAUCCUUACCGAUGGCAUCAACACAGGUGUGUCGAAGUACGUGGGCGAGGCGGUGAAAACAUUCGGGGGCCACAACCUGCGGAAGAGAAACACAGUCGGCAUCACGCCCUGGGGGGUCAUCGACAACAACACGGACCUCAUCGGCAGAGACGUGUUCAGGCCCUACCAGCCGCUGGGCAACCCUCUGAGCAAGAGAGCCUGUCUCAACGGCUUCCACUCCCACUUCCUGUUGGUAGACGACGGUACGCUGGGAAAACAUGGCUGCCAACAAGGCCUCCGGAGGAAGCUGGAGAAACACAUUCAGCUGCAGAAGAUACACCCUCGUCUGAACCAGGGAGUGCCCGUGGUGUGUGUGGUUCUGGAGGGCGGCCCGGCCAUCGUGUCCACGGUGCUGGACUACGUCAGCAACAAGCCCCCCGUGCCGGUGUUUGUGUUCGAGGGAUCGGGCCGCGCUGCAGACCUGCUCGCCUUCUUACACAAGCAGACUGCUGUGGACAGAUGUGACGUAGUCUCCACCAGCACAGAGUGA